GCUGUCAAUUAGUUAUAGGUUAUACAGAUUUCAGAAGUUUCCGAAUUCCAUAAGAUAAAACAUUAUAUUUAUUUAUUUACUUAUACAAAGACAAAAGUGAACAAAUUGACAUACAAAAUGAAGAAUAAACAUUCCAUAUCGCAAUAAAGUACCUAAUAAUUAUAAAUUAAUAAUUAGCCACUUGAUAUAUGUAAAAUAAUUACGUGGACUGUGUAUCUACACUAUUGAAAUCUUUAAUCUUCGUAUAUUCGAAAUAAACAUUGGUACAUUGUACUAUAUCGCAGUGUGAGCUGUGAAGACAAAAGUUACAUUUGAAAAAUGUUGUCUUUUGUCACUAAAAAUUUAAAUGACAUCAUAUAUUUAGCUCUUCUUCUAUCUAGUGUCGCUAUAGGACCUUACUACAGGUCUCUGAAGAGUAUAGAAACAAAAAAAUGGGUUGGUAGUUGGCUCGGCAUUUUGCUCAUUCUUAUUGUAUCUGGAUACAAUGCUAUUCAUCCCAUUCUCUCAGCUGUUCUUGGUAUAUUGGCUAUUAAAUUGGUUACUGUCAAGUAUUGCCACAUAGUGUCAUUUUUCUUCAUGUUUGGAUAUCUCUUCUUUUUCCGAUUGGCUAACAAAUUUGGACUUCCUUUACCCUCAGGCCAAACUAAUCUCAUAGAAAUGAUAUUGGUUUUACGAAUAGUUGGAGUAGCUUUUGAGAUAAAUGGUUCUUGGUUGGCAAUGAAAAAGGCAAAGAAAAAAGAAAAUGAAUUGGAUAAUUCAAAAGAUGCUGAGAUGAUUCAAAAAGAUGAUGAGUUUCUAGAGUUAAUUAAUCCUUCUCUUCUAGACUUAUUUCAUUAUUCUUUCAAUUAUGUGGGAUUAUUAACUGGACCAUACUAUAGAUAUCGUACUUUUGAUGAUUAUUUUCAUUUGCCAUACAGUAAAUAUGCUGAUUGUAUGGGUUUCACUAUAAACACAUUAAAAACGGUGCCAUUGUAUAUAUCACUUUACUUGGCUUUAUCAAAUCUCUGGCCAUUAGAGUAUGUACUGUCGGAAGAUCAUAACAACCGGAGCUUCAUUUACAGAAUGCUAUAUCCGUGGGCACUGUUUACAGCAUUCCGGCAACGCAUUUAUUCUGGUAUGACCUUGGCGGAGAGUGUGUGCACAUCAGCUGGUCUGGGCGCAUAUCCAGUGGAAGGGCAAAACAGAACUGGCCACGGUCCUACAGUUGGUUAUAUGAAGAUUAAAAAAAUGACUGAUGAAGAAGCCAAAAUUGCUCAAUAUGAUUUCAAUACAGUUGAAUCUAUGGAUGUGUGGGGAUGCGAGACGGUAGUUACAUUGCGUGAUUCGAUGAAGGUAUGGAAUAAAGCAGUGCAGUACUGGGUGGCAAUGGUUGUGUACAAAAGGUUCCCUAUAAAGCCUUUAAAGAUUCAUGCAGCGUUGUUCGUUUCCGUAAUAUGGCAUGGAAUUCACGCUGGAUAUUUCUUCUGCAUUUACUUCUGUCCGUUUUAUUUGAUGGCAGAAGAUAUAUAUUACAAAUUAUAUUACAAACCCGCUACAGGUUUGAAAAAGAAUAUAAUUGGUUUCAUCAUGUGGUUCCUAAGAUCUCAUUCUGAAUCUUAUCAAGCGGCUGCAUUCCUUCUGCUCACAUUUGAUCGGAUCUGGAUAUAUUAUUCGUCAAUGUACCACUAUUGGUACGGCGUUUGGUUCACCUUCCUCGUUUUAGGUCUCAUAUUGAAUCAAAUAUAUGGUAGACCGAAGAGAUUACAGGUAGAGGAAGAGAAAAAAUUAGAAUCCAAGAACAAGUAAUGUGAAGAGAUUAGUAGUUAGUAGUAGUAUAAACUUCAGCAAUGUCAAUAUUUGAAUUUUACAUUAUGUUUAUAUACUUAAUGUUUAUGCAAAUUAAAAACACAACCACCUAAGUUAAUGUAUGCUAUUGGAACAGUUGAAAUUAUAUGAAUAACCAACAAUCAGUAUAAUAUGAAAUUAUCAUUGUUUCUUGUUUACUGAUACUCAAUUUACGAGGAGAAUGUAAAAUUUGGCUAUUUCUAUCUACAUAAAAUUUCCGAAGCAUGAAGUUACGAGACGCGAUUUCUGACUGGUACUGCAGGGAAUAUACAUAGAAUAAAUCACAGUUAUGAGCUACGUAGUACGUAGCUGAUUUUUCGCCUUUAUUUCUCGCAUAAUCUUUCAUAAGUCUCAUGGUUUCUGCUUAAAUUAAAUUUCAGACAUUCAGUUACAUACAGCAUUAGUUUAGCAGUACAUCUAUUACUUUUAUUAGUUUCAAAUGAAAUCGGUCCAACCAUUUAUAAAUAUAUGGGAAUUAAAUAAAAACAAAUGUAAGAAUAACUGUUGAGUGUCUUGUGGAUACCUCUUAGCAGAUAACAUUCCUAAUACCGAGUUAUCAAUAUUUUUUUGUUUAGAUUCAAUUUUUUUGGAUUUUUAAGACUUCAAAAGUGGAGAUUCUGUAGUUUUUAAUCAAGGUAUCCGGCUAUACGAUAAAUGAAGGACUUUUUGUGGUACCAAAUCUAUUUGUGCGCUAUUGUCAAGUAUUGACAAAAAAUACAACCAACGUUGUAUAUUUUUUUGUUACACCCUAAAACUCGCCAUUUUUACCAUAUGUACUGAAACUAAACAAUAUAUGGUGCCUAUUACCAAAUGUUGCGGCGGGUUCUGUUUUAUGAUAUUAUUUUGUAGGUAUAAGUUGUAAUUGACAUGCUGUUUUUUCUUCAGUGUAAAUUAAGUAAAUGACAAGCCAUUAAAAUACAGACGCUUUCUAUGGCAAUUUAUAUAGAUAGGAACGCCAUUGUGUUCUAACGAAAACAAACUUCAUUGCUGCUUAUAGGCUGGAAAAUAAAUUAUUACAAAUUUCCCCGUCAUUACGGAAUUUUAUAAAAAGUUGUCCUAUUUAAAAUUAUAAUUAGUAUGCUCCCCUCGCAUACGUCAAUGUCGUUAAAUUUGUCUGUUGCCUAUGGUUGAUUGCUAACUCUGACCAAUUUAGCACGGGAUUGGCUUCCCACGAGACUGUUGACUCCGGAAGUCUAUUCGGGUAGUUACUCUGUAACUACUAGUCAUUGGGUGUCUAACCCAAUGACUAUUUGCAGUUAUUUACAUUGUAACACGGCGGCGCCAACUUUGCAGAGCAUUAAGUAAGCUCACUAAGUAGU